CCAAGUCCCCGACCCCGGAAAAAAACUCCACGAAUAAAAGCCGGCGGCACGUCGGCCGGUGCUCCUCCUUCUCCGCGGGCGGGCUCUCCGAUUCGCCGCGAGGAAGGAGGAGGCGCGGGGGGACGCCCGCAAUGGAGGAGCUCGCGCCGGCGCCGAGGCACCGGGAGCGGCGGAGGCACCGGAGGAAGGCGUCGGACGCCGGGGCGCGGGCGGCGGCGGCGGCGUCGGCGUACAGCGACGUGUUCGGCGGGCCGCCGCAGUUCGCCGCGGCGUUCGACGGGGUGCCGGCGGACUACGGGGAGGUGUUCGGUGGCGUCGCGGCCUCGUGCUCCAUCCCCUACCUCGACCUGCCCCCGGCCGCCGCCCGCGACGACGGCGCCGGGGCCGGGGGGUACGGCGAGAUCUUCGGCCGGUUCGACUUCGGGGACUUGGCGGAGCCAUACGAGGACCUGUUGGCGGAGGCGGUGGCGUUGGCGGCGGAGAUCGCGUCGUCGAGCGAGAGCUCGAGAUCAUCUGUCAGAAAAGAAUCUGGCCAACUAGAUGCUGAGCCAUCUAUACUCCAUCAACACUAUCCAACUGUGGGUUAUGACCAACACUUUGAUGAUGAGGAAUUUUCUCCAAUCUCCUCGCCUCCAGAUAGUGGGAAACAAUUUAAUAUGUCAUUUAACAAGGCUACCUGGGGAAGACCAGAUGAUAUAGUUAAAAUAACUACUUGUAUGGUGGAACCUUCAAUAAGUUACGUAGUUGACUCUUGCAAUCUGUCAAACAAGUCAGCAACAGAUCAUGUUGUAAUAGUGGGUGGUGAUACAUUUGUGAAUGGCGAAAAAGGAAGCACAGGCCAGACAUUCCCAUCAAGUUCAAGCGUGAAGAGUGCUAGUAGUGAUUCUAUGUCUGAUAAGAACCUUCACACACCAACAUCCGUUUCUAAGAAUAAUUGUGAAGAUGAAGAUUGCCAGAAGCGGUUAAGCACCCAUUCAGAAUCAAGUGAGGAUGUGCCUUCCCCUGACUACCCGUUCUUAAGAGUCUCAAAUAACAGGCUUCACACACAGCCGAUCAAAGUACAGCCACCAUCAAUGCCACCAUCUAAAUUACUUAAUAAAAAAGAAAGUAAAGCAAAUGGAGAUUCUGAAGUCAGUACUAACUCAGCUGCUGCUGCUGCUGCUAUCAAAGAAGCAAUGGAAUUCGCUGAAGCUCGGUUAAAAGCUGCCAAAGAAUUGAUGGAGAGAAAGGGUGACAGUUUUAAGCUUCGAAAGAAGCAAGGUCAUCAUAGAGGCACAAAAUCGACAGAUCUUAAGGAAAGUAUUACACCUGAAGUGGUGCAUAUUUAUGAUGAAAAGUUGACCAUGAGAAGGUUAGUGAAAGAGGAAAAGACCAAUGGGGAGCCAGCUUUGGUGACUAGGAAUGGAGGCAGCAGUGCAGUUAAGUCAACUCACUGUGAUCACAAUGAAAAAGUGGUUACAUCACCAAGGAAGCCUCAGCAGACAGUGCAAAGUGGCUCUAAACUAGAAAAACUAGGAAAGUGGACAUCUGGUACUGACUUUUAUGAACUGAUUAGCCCUGACCAGAAAUGCAAGACCAACUCAGUUACAUGUGAAGUUCAGACAGCAAAUCCCUCCAGCAAGCCCGACCAGUUUGAGGAAGGAGAAGCCACUUUAGGGGAUUUGGAAAGGUGUGGAAAAUUAUGGGAUGGGGAUGACAUAACAGAGUUGAGAAUGGAACAUGUAAAUGUGAGAGAACAUGCUAUGUGUUCUACAGAGGAUGCAUGUAAGGCUCCUACAGCUCCAGAAGUUUCUUUUGGCAAGGGAAAACCCACAUGCCAAGAUUCAACUGAGACCCAUUUUAAAGAAUGUGUGGGGACAGAAAAUUAUCAAGAAGGACAUGGUGAUGAUAGGACAUUUGAGAUUUCAUGUGUGAAUGGUAUAUCUUCAAAGCUAAAUAAUCAAGAAAUAUCCGGUGCAUCUUUGGAAUCUUGUAUAUCUGGAAGCAACAAUAUAGAAACACUUGAGGUUCCAUGUGUUGAUGAGAUGCAGAGCCAAAUAUUGGAGGAAUAUCAUGAUGUUCAUAGCGAAAAUAUUGAAGAAAUCAAGUCAAGUCAAGUGAAAGUAUCAAAUUUAGAGGAGUCGGUGGAAUAUCAUGAAACCCCAAAUUUCCAGACACAGUUGAGUGCAGCUCAUGGAGGGACUGAAACUGUUGAGAAAGAAAAGAUGUUUAGUCUUUCUGAUGAAUUAUGCCCACAGAAUGAAAAUAAAGAAAUAACUGAAGUACCUCCAGAAUCACUCAUCCAUCAAGAAAUUAAGAAAUUUGAAACUGAGAAAGCAUAUACUUCCGUAGGAGAUAUGGUUCAAAAAUCUGAAUCACUAGAAGAGGAAGCUAACAUUACUUUGGAAAUGACAGAAAGUGCUAGUGUGAGUAGACAUGAACCAGAAGUACUGAAUGAAUAUCUCGAGGGCAUCAACGUGAUGAAUCCCCUUGUUAGAACAUGUGGUACUUCUGUUGAACAUUCAGAUAAGAUACAAGAAGCACAAGAGUCAUCAGAACCUCGACACUCUGGGACAAAAAUGGACAGAAUUGGGACAAAAAUGGACAGAAUUAGGGAUCUUAUAUUUCACUGUAAUGAAGAAGCAAAAGAUCCCUGGUUUGAUAAUAGUGAGGAGUCACAUGCGGAAGAAAAUUUAAGCCAUGAUGGUAAAGAGGGCCAGACAUCUGUGAAAGGUAUCGACAAAGGACCAAAUGAUGCAUAUGUGGAAGUUAAUGUACAUCAUUCUGAAACUGAAGUUAUUAUUGAUGAGGGCAGUGAUUGUGACAUGAAGAUGAGCACAUGCUCAAAAGAGCUGAAUGCUUCAUUUUUAGAAUCAUGCGUUAGCAUGCAGCACUUGUCUCAGAUUGAUGAGUUUAUUUCUGGUCAGGCAUCUGAUGAAAGCACCCCUCUUGAAAACCUUGCAGAGAAUUGCAGAAAAGCAGAAAAAGAAUUUCCAGCAGAAAAUUGUACAGCAUUGGAACAAGAGCAAGUUACUGGAAGCAAAUUGGAAGGGGAUGACAAAGAUAAACUAUCAAAAUCAAAACAACAGAAUCAGAAAUCUGUUAAUUUGGACAACAAAAUUGUACCUAAUUUCAUAGAGAACCCUACAUUGAACUUUUUCCAGAAACUGAGAGAUGAGACCCCUGAUGUUCAGAGAAUUGAAGGGAAGGCGAAUGUGAAAAAGACAGACAGAGAAACCGAGGUCUUGGAUGGACUAGAUGAAGACAGAGAAAGAUAUAAUAUGGAAAGAGAAAAGGAACAAGCUAAAGAGAGAUCAAGACAAAAAUUAGAAGAAGAGAAGGAACGGGAGAGAGAGCGAGCAAAAGAUAGGCUUGCUGUUCAGAGAGCUACAAAAGAAGCACAUGACAGAGCAUUUGCUGAGGCCCGUGCAAAGGCUGAAAUAAUAGCAUUGGAAAGGAUUACCUUAGCACGCCAACGAGCAUCUGCAGAAGCUCGAGAGAACAAAGAGAAGGCAAGUGCAGAAGCAGCUGCUGAGAAGGCUUCUAGAGAAGCUAGACUAAAAGCAGAACGUGCAGCAGUUGAGAGAGCAACUGCUGAAGCUCGGGAGAGAGCAAUUGAAAAGGCAAAAGCUGCUGCAGAUGCAAAGGAGCGAAUGGAAAGAUUUAGAUCCUCCUUCAAGGACAGUUUUAAGGCUACUAAUCAGGAUAAUCAACUGGACAAACAGUUUCAGAAGACAGCUUCUAAUAACUAUGAAAGAAGCACAGAUUCUAGUAAUCAAGUAGUUGAGUUUGAGUCAGCUCUAAGACAUAAAGCAAGAUCUGAGAGGGAACAACGCACAGCUGAGCGAGCGGCCAAAGCUCUAGCUGAAAAGAAUAUGAGGGACAUGCUGACUCAGAGAGAACAAGCAGAGAGACAUAGAUUAGCUGAAUUCCUUGAUCCUGAAGUCAAGAGAUGGUCAAAUGGAAAGGAAGGAAAUUUGCGAGCAUUGCUAUCUACACUGCAAUAUAUCCUUGCUUCAGAUAGUGGCUGGCAAUCGGUUCCCCUCACAGAUCUCAUUACAGCCGCUGCCGUCAAGAAAGCAUAUAGAAGGGCAACCCUUUGUGUCCAUCCUGAUAAACUACAACAAAGGGGUGCUACAAUCAGACAGAAAUAUAUUUGUGAGAAAGUGUUUGAUCUCCUUAAGGAGGCAUGGAACAAAUUCAAUUCGGAAGAGCGAUAGCGGGGGAGGUAGUGAACAAUAACUUGGACUUCUGUACCCCUAGUUUUGCCAAAACUAGAAUUUUAUUAAACAAAUUUCAAAGCCUAAUAAUAAAAAGUUGGUUGGAUCAAUAACAAAAUUGUGAACACCAUCGUGUGGUGCAGUUUUGUUAUGUGAUCUAAACAAAAUUACAGGUUGUUAGGCUCUAAAAUUUGUUUAAUGAAAUCUACUUUUGGUAAACGAGAACUAAAAUAAUUAUAUGGCCUUGAUGUUGAUUUUAGCAUCUAUGUAAAUAUGCAGCUGUAGAAAGCAUUUUCUGGCCAUUCUUGACCGUAAAUGAUCAAUUUAAUAGUGAAAUAUCAGCGAUUCUUUUGAAGGUAGUAACACAGUUUUCUGCAUA